AAGUUUCAACUCCGCUUAUCCAGACUAUGGCUGGUAGAAAUGAUCGUGCGAUUGCCGAUGCUCUUCAAGCAUUAGCACAAGCUAUGAAUAAUAACAAUAGGACUGAAGUUACUCCUAACUGGUUGGAGCAAUUUCAACGAAAUCACCCACCUACCUUUAAAGGAGGAUAUGACCCAGAUGCUGCUAUGAAUUGGCUAACAGAAAUAGAGAAAAUUUUCAAUGUUAUGGAUUGUCCCAUCGCUCAGAAGGUGAAGUUGGCCACAUUCAUGUUGACUGCUGAUGCUCACUUUUGGUGGGAAGGAGCACUUCGGAGGAUGAUUGAUGGAGGGGUGCACUUGAAUUGGGACAACUUCAAGAAGGUCUUUCUUGAGAAGUAUUUCCCGGAUGAUGUGAGAAGUCGGAAAGAAAUGGAAUUCCUUGAGCUGAAUCAAGGGAACGACACAGUGGCUGUGUAUGCUGCCAAAUUUGAUGCUUUGGUUCGUUAUUGCACACACUACCAUGGUGAGGGUGGUGAAAGAGCUAAAUGCAUAAAAUUUGUAAAUGGUCUGCGUCCUGAAGUGAAAACUGCAAUUAACUAUCAGGAGAUAUAUCACUUUCCCACUCUGGUCAAUAAGUGCAGCAUUUAUGAUCAUGACAACCGUGCUCGUGCUGCUUUUUAUAAAGGAGUUGGAGGUCCUAUCCGUGCUGUGAGUUCUAGUACUUCGGGAAGGAGUAAGCCUUACUUCGCUUCUAAUAGAUUUCAAGGGAGUAAAGCUGCUGCUAAUAAAAGUAAGUUGUUUACUAGAGGAUCCACUGUUAGUGCUACUGGAAGUGUUGGAGGGUCUGUGUCCACUCCUUCAGGAAGAUGUGGGAAGUGUGGACGUGUUGGUCAUAAUCAGUCUGAGUGUCUUGACAAGGAGAUUACCUGCUUCAAUUGCAGUGGCAAGGGUCACAUCAGCACCCAAUGUCCUGAACCACGAAGAACACGUGUUAUUGGAUCGGGUUCGCAAAUUGAGCGUCCAAAGACUGUAGGGAGAGUAUUUGCUCUUAGUGGUGCUGAAGCUUCUCGGUCAGAAAAUUUGAUACAAGGUACUUGUUUCAUAGCUGAGACUCCUUUUGUUGUACUAUUUGAUUCUGGUGCAACUCAUUCCUUUAUUUCUGUCUCUUGUGUCCAAAAAUUGAAUUUGCCUGUGUCUUUGUUAGAUUUUGAUCUAGUUGUUGAAACCCCUACUAAUGGUCCUAUGUAA